UGUAUGUACGAUAUGUCUUCGCAAGUGUUUGGCCAAAAAAAGUUUAUUCCUACGGCUCCUGAGAAGGGCAGCUUUCCGUUGGACCAUGCAGGUGUAUGCAAGAAACAGUUCCUACUCUAUACAAUGUGUUUGCGACGCAAUGAGAACGACAAUGCCAAGUGUCGGCUACAAGUCAAGGAUUAUUUGGGCUGCCGCAUGGAUAAUGAACUGAUGGAACGCACGAGUUGGUCCAAAUUGGGGUUUCCCGAAAAAAGCGUAGCGCAACAACAAACUGAAGGAAAAGAAGACAACAAAAAAGAGUUACAAAACAAAAACUUAGAACAAAAUAACUAAACAAAAGUUAAAAUACCAAUAUAUAGAUGCGCUUAAAUUAAAAGGAGUUUCAAGUCGAAAGGGAUAUUAUUUGAUGAUUCUGGAUUGCAAGCCUGCAAAAAUAUAAUACAAAUGAAAAGCACUUAAAAUAAUACAAAUAAAAAAGAACUAAAAUUGUGCCCACUA